ACAAAUAAGAGCAGCGGCACAGAAUACAAAUGUGUUGAACAAAUUGUCUUUAUUUUCCAUAUAGGCACCACUCGUCUGCUCACCAUACCAUAUCGAAUAAUAAUUAAGAUUUAGUUGCUAAGAUACGCAAUGUUUACACUUACCACUGUUGCAGACGAACUUUGUAUCAUAACACAAGCCUAGACUUACCAAUGUGAUUUAUAAGCAAUUAGGAACAGGUUAGUCUGAAAAAAAAAAUAGUUUGAAGGUACAAAAUCGAAAUGGAUUUUGGGUUAGAAGACUAUAUAAAGGCAAAGUUUGAGAAAAAGUUAAAUGUAAAAUAUCCAGAAUGUGGUGAUAAGUACCUUACAAAUGCAACAAAGCUUCUAGAGAAAAAGAGAGAAAUUUCAGAAGUGGAGGAUUUACUGAAACAAAAUAAAGAGGAAUUUAAAAUCAAAGCUAAAGAACUAGGGGAAAAAAAGAAUGAGCUGAAUGAAAGAGAGAAUAAGCUGAAAGAUUCGUUUAAAAAGUUUGACAAGUUUCUCCAGGAAAAUGAUGCUAAGAGUACUAAAGCACUGAAAAAAGCUGAGGAAGAAAAGGAAAAUCAAAGACAAAAACAAAAGGAAAUUGAAAAACUUAAAGAAGACUUAUCCCUUAUUCAAGCCAAAGAGAAAAAACUUGAAGAGAAGGUUGCUCGAUAUAAAAUCUUUAACAAUUUCUUGGAAGCUGUUGUCAGAUCAUCUGAGGAGUUUGAAGAAAUACGUGAUGUGAUUAGCCGGUAUGAAACAUUAGUUGAAACACAUAAGGACCUAGUGAACAGAGAACAGAAGUAUGAAGAGAGGAUAGAAGAGGAACGAGUUAAAACGAUAAAAUACACAGAGGAGAAACACAAUGAAAUACUUCAAUACAAUAAUAAAUUGGCAGAGUUGCAAACUAGAUUCGACAAGGCCCAAAAUGAAGCAAUUAAAUGGGAAUCUCGUUGGAUGCAUAUAAAGAAUACUGCAGCCAUGAAAACCUUGCUACUGGGUCAAAUUAGAAUGUAAGUUAUUCAUCAUGUUUUCAACUUAGAAGUUAAAGAAUUGUGAAUUCAGCCCUUUAAAGGUAUUGCAUACUAACAUUUGAAUUGAAUUCUUUAGCAUUUAUACUUGGGAUGUCCUUUUCUUUUUACAACUUAUUCAUGAUAUUGUGAAAAAUGUUACUUUGAACAUGUUCUAACUAAUUUUCUUAUUCUUUUUUGAGGAAAAAAAUAUAUAUAUAUUGAUUAUUAACCAACAAAGUGCUGAUUUUUUUUUUCUAAAGAGCUGUUGUCUUUGCACUUCUUUGGGGAAACAAUGCAAGAUAUAAUUGUUUUGUUUCUAUCUUUACAUAUUAUGCUUUUAGCUCAUUACGUUCUAUUAAUAAGCUUUUUAGAGUCCGUUAGUUUGAGAAAUGCUAUGUUCACAGUGAACCUCAAAAUAUCUGAUAUGGAAGGCUCUAGAAACUCUUACACUAUGUAAUCAAAUUUAUAACUAGCAGCUUGUAUAUAGUCACUGAUUUUAUAAGAUAACUCUAUCAACUUUUAUAUUGUCAAUAAUUCUAUAAUAUAGCUCUAAAAAUGUAUAUAUAGACACUAAUUUGUAAGGUA